AUGUCCUCGCAAGGAGAUUCACUAGUAUUGUUGGACAGGGUACAAAUGGAAUUGGCAGCUAAAGAUGAGCAGCAGCGUAUAGAAGUGAAAAAGGAGAAUAAGGAACUUAAGGGAGUGAGAGUGUUGAAUUGUACAAGAGAAGGAAAUUGUACAAUAUUGGAUAGGAGCACACUUAAAAAGGACUGUAAGGAAUACAAAGACAGGUUUAGAAUGCACAUUGUAAAGGAAAAUCUCAAAACCAUGCAUGUGAUGCUUCUUGUAACUUUGGCUGUCUAUCUUCUGAUGCCGCCUUUGAGUUCUCAGGUAUUCAUGAAAAUUCGACCUGUACGAAUGAACUGUUCCGUAAAAUUGAAGAGAAAUGAGCAUUUACCCAAAUCACCAGUGCAUUGUCAUAAUCGGAGUAACACUACAGUAGACGAUUGUCAGAUUAUGUGUUCCGACACACACUGCGGGCUAGUUGAGUCAGGGAAGGUGGUAAAAAAAGAAUGCCCAAAUAACGAGACUGGAUAUAUGAGAAUGAAAUGCGAGGAAGGAAACUACGUAUCAGAAGAAAAUUUUUGUGUGUCGGCUGAAGUCAGCAGCAUUCUGGAGUCCACUCGGAACAAAACUGAAUUAACAAAGCACCUUCCCGAAUUCGUCCAGCAAUUGGCCAGUAUCUCAAUGAAUGGAACUAUCACAGAACCUGGAAACCUCGCGACCACAGUUGAAAUCCUCACGGCUUUUUCAUCCAUAUCAAAUGUUUCUGUUAACCUGUCCGUAGUGCAGGAUUUCCUUGUCACAGUAAAUGCUAUUAUUGAUCAAUCUGCCCUGCCAUCCUGGAAAGCAGUGACAAACCACUCGAACUUCAGCUCUCAAUUACUGUUGUCUGUAGAACAAUUUACCAGGCUAUUGUCUCCAACUGAAGAAACUUUCAACAUCACAAAGCCUAAUAUUCAGUUGAAAGGAAUGAAGAUUGACUCCAGUUCUCAUAAGGAAUAUGAAUCGAAUUUCAGUGACUUUAUAUUUAGAAAUAGAUCAUUAACCAGUUCUGUGAGAAUUGAUCAAAAUGAUUUGCUGAUGCUCCCAAAUGGUUCACUUGUUAUCAGUGUCGCAUAUGCAACAUUGAUUGAUAUCCUUGGCCUAUCAAACAAGGAUUCGAACAGCACAGCCAAAUUGAAUGGGCUUGUUGUGACAACAACAGCAGAAAAUUCUUCAAUUAAUAUCAAGAUGGUUUUCUCAAAACUGAACAAUACAUUUGAGCCAAAUAGUGCUGAAUGUGUGUACUGGGACUUUUCUCUGAAUGGGAAGGAAGGAUGGUGUUCAAUGGGAUGCAGAACUCAAACAAAAGGAGAUAAUAUUGUUUGCCAGUGCAAACACCUGACUUCCUUUUCUUUUCUGAUGUCACCUCAUGAAAGUGAAGAAAGCAUGCCCCUGAGCGUCUUAAGCCUGAUUACAACAGGAAUAUCUGUUGGGUGUUUGAUAAUUGGUCUUAUUAUAGAGGCAGUUGUGUGGAAACAUGUGACCAAAACUAAGAUAUCACAAGCCCGCCAUAUAACGAUGCUGAAUAUCAUUCUAUCCCUACUUACAGCUAAUGUACUCUUCAUCACGGCUGGCUUUCUGAAACCAAAAACAGUAAUUUGCAUAGUGACUAUUUUCUUAAUGAACUUUUUCUAUCUUUCUUUGUUUUUCUGGAUGUUUACUCUAGCACUUCUGCUUCUUUAUCAUUUAGUUUUUCUUUUCAAAGAUUUCCGCAAAACAACAAUUAUGAUAAUUUCAUUUGCUCUUGGAUACUUGUGUCCACUAAUAAUUUCCAUCAGCACUUUUGCAGUUGGCUUCUCUCAACAGCAUUACAUACGAAAAGACAAGUGCUGGCCCAACAAAGAAAGGCCUUAUCUUUAUCUCCUUUUUAUUGUCCCAAUAUUGAGCAUCAUUGUGAUGAACAGCUUCAUUACAUUUCUUACCAUAUUUAAAAUACUUAGACCAACCAUUGGGGACAAGCCAAAGAAAAGUACCAAGGACACUAAUGUGGCCAAGCAGAUCUGUAGAAGUGUUGCUAUCCUCAGCUCAGUCCUGGGCCUCACUUGGGCACUUGGAUUUGUGUUCUUGAAAGAAGAUUCCCCCAAAAUCUUUAAUUAUGCCUUUGAUAUCCUCAGUGGACUCCAGGGAUUCUGUAUUUUGAUUUUUGGCAUACUCACGGAUGGUAAGGUACAAGACGUGUUAAAGCAGAGGCUUGAACAAUCACCAAAUUCUUCUCAAAAGAUGAAACUAAUUGCCAGUACAACUUCAAAUACUUAUUGAACAUCUGGUGAUGAGGUAUUUUUCAAUAAAAGGAUCCUGGAAUAUUACCCAGCAAUUAUGCGAAAGAGAUCUGGCUACUUCAUGGGACAUUCAAAAUUAUAUUUGAGAUGUUGGCAUUUGUUCAUUUAUAAUUGUGCGUGUGAAUCAUUUAUAAUCAUGGUGCACUGAGAUUCCAACACACUGUGCCAUCAUUAAUAAUUAUGGAAAUGGUUAAUGCAGUGGAAAUAAGUUGAAAGGCAAAAAUAUUCAUAACAUCUUGGAGGCAGCAUCAUAGAUUGCAAAGGCAUGAACAAUAGACUUCACAGCCUCCAAUAGUUUCAAAACAUAUUGGACAAUUGUUUUCUUUCUGUAGUUUGACAAUAGGGAUACAUUGAUACUAUUAUUUCAUCCUUUAUCUGAACACCUCACCUCAAAUUGCUCAUUAACGUUGUGCAAAUACUGCACUUCCUACAAAUCUCAGUUAAGCUAAUGUUUGAAUGUGGAAGGCAUCGGGGAAAGUUAUCUUCCAGAGACACUUACAUUUCCUAAUGUGUCACUUAGUUGUAUCAAAAUCAGAUAUCCAUAUGAACUGCAAAAUUUCAACAAGGUGGUUCAUCACCAACUUCUGGAGAGCGAUUGGAAACCAGGAAUAACUGUUGGCCUAGCCAAGUCCUGUAACAUGCAUUAAGUCUCCUUUAUUCUUGUUAGCAAGAGCAUCAGGUUAGACAUAUUAGAACAUAGUCUAAUAUGCAGUAAACACUACCACUGCGCAACUCCGCCUCCACCCCCAGCCACCCACUAAAAAGUCACUCUGAUAAAGCCAGAACUGUUUGGUCAGCAUCAACAGCCCAAAUUGCAUUCCUGAUCCUAUCAAAGAAUCUGGGUCGGUGCCCAGGCAAUUUCCUUCCUGUGCCUUAGUCAAACCCAACCCAACAGCAAGCCAUUUCCUUGGCAGAGGAAAAAUAGCAAAUAACAAUUAAGGAUCAGCAAAGGAAAUAAAAAUGUCGAACCAGUUUCAAAAGCAGUAACAAUAACACUUGAAUCAGCUGAUACGUUGAAUAACUAAGUUAAUGUACAUCAUGGCACACGUUACAAAGGUGACUACAAAUGGAAAACACUUCAAUGGCUAUAAACAGUUCUGGAAUGAAGAUGACAUGGUGAUGUAAAUGGUAGUAUCAUUUGUUUUUUGAGUUACCCAGUGUCAGUGACUACUUACUGGGUUUCUAUUUUUAAGAUGUGGAUGCGUAGGUGUUGGAUUGGUGUGGACAGAGUCAGAGGUCACAUGACAGCAGGCUAUAGUCCAACAGGUUUAUUUGAGAUCACAAU